GGCCAAGUGGCCGCUUUGCCAUCUCAAGAUAAGCCCUCCUCUCCAAGCACCAUCGCCUCUUCUUCUUCCUACUCGGCAGCCGCGGCAAAUCAAGAGACAAGCUGGUGUUCAAGUUCAGCAAAGGAAGAAACGCGCAGCGCGAGCGAGCGAGCCAGCUGAGAAGAUCGAUCGAGUGCAGCCAUGGCUCUGGCACCCACGCCUCUCCAGUGCUUCCUCACGGGCAGACCGGUGUGCACGGCGACGCUGCCCAAGCCCGCGAGAAGGGCGUCGAAGAUCUCGUGCAAGGCGGCCGGCGAUGAGAAGGACAAGGUUCCGUCGGGAGGGGAUGGUCUUGGGGUGAAGCUUGGGAAGCUGGCGAUGGUCGCGCUGGCCGCCGGCGUGCUGGCGGUCGGGCCCGUCGACGGCGCCAUGGCGGCCAAGUCCGGCGGCAGGGUCGGCGGGCAGGCGUUCCGGUCCGCGCCACGGUCGUCCGGCCCUCGGAUAAACAACUCGAGGACGAACGUCUACAUCAACCCGCCGGUGGCGCCGCCUCUGGGCGGGUACGGCUACGGCGGCUACGGGAGCCCGUUCUUCGGCGGCUACGGGUGGUCGCCGUUCACCUUCUUCGCGCCCGGCCCGAGCGUCGCCGUCGGGGUCGGCGGCGGCUUCGACACGCUCGUCCUCUUCUUGGUGUUGGGCUUUGUCGUCGGAGCCGUCAGGCGGUUUCUCAACAGGAACGAUGACGAUUACGACGACUACUGAUCAUCAAUGCUAGCUAGGGUGUAGGAGCAUGUAACGAAUCUCAUCCUUGAUCCUCAUGUCCAGUAUGGCGAAAAUUUUUUCUUGUUAAUUUCCAGGAAUGGAACUUGACAAAUCAUAUAUGGAGGUAAGAGGAGACUGUACGUAUAAUUUUGUUUAGUAAAAUGAGAUGAGAAUAUCAUCUAGAGU